AUGAGCACCGAUGGUGGCGGAUGGACUGUUUUUCAGAGGAGAGUAAAUGGGAAGGAAUCGUUCUGGAACCGUAGCUGGAACGAUUUCAAAAAUGGUUUCAGCACAACAAAUAUGAGCCUCCAGAACUCAAAUUUUUGGCUGGGCAACGAACUCCUACAUCAACUCACAGCCAAGGAUCCCAACGUAACUCUGAUGGUUGAAAUGAAUGGAGACAGGACUCCUGGAGCGAUUCAACCAAACGCAUAUUGGUGGAAUCAGUAUACAAUGUUCCAGGCUAGUGCUAAAAUUCUUAAACUCUCUUUAAACUUCUUAAAAUUCUUAAACUAG